CAAUCAUUAUCAUUACUGUAUUAAUUGAUCUACUACAAUACUGUAGAACUGUGCUUAUACAGUAUAGUCCUGUUUACACCUGACUACUUUUUAGACAAAUAAAAUGCCUGUUCAGUGGUGUGUUGAAACCUUCUCUAAAGGUUAGGUCAGCACUUUAAAAAAAAUAUAUCUUAAUUUACGCUUGCAGAGACACAAAAAAGCCAUAGCUGACGCUCUUACAAGGUGGCAUAUUCCAAUUGUCUGAAAAGGAUAUGAUUGUAUCAAAACAACAUCUUUCUUUUGUUUACAUGGUGAUUUGUGAUUUUUUUUCUUUGUUUCUUUUUCCUAGUACAAAGGUGCUGUGAGUUCCAUAACAGUAAAAUAUACAACUGUAUGACAGAAAAUAAGAUGAUAUGUCAAAUGGUAUGUUCAUAUCUUCUAUGCAACUGCAAAAUUAUACUUCUGGAACAGGAUAUUUGCAAAUAUAACKGCGAUUUUACAGGUAGGUGGAUCUAGCAUUCAAACACUUUGGUUUGGUGCGUGGAUUUUAUGGUAUAAAAUGAAGGACGAUUACAGCCAUGUAUAAAGUUUGGCUAAGGUAAAUGCAGUUGAUACUGUUAAAUGUUAAACUCUGAUCCUAUCAAUUCCAACACACCAGGGGAACUUUAUGAAGCAACCAUGCUGUUUAGAAGCCUCAGUCCGUUACAUAUGCAUCUUCACUCUUUCUAUUUUUUAGAGAAAUGCUGUUCUUCMACUACCACGACAACAGCCACUACUAUUACCACCACCUCCAUAGAAACUACCCCUAAAACUAAAACUACUGCUGCUACUCUUUCUUCAACUAUUGAAACAACUCCUGUACCCUUGACCACUCCUUCCUCUCCCCCCAUUACCUCACCCAGCUCUACUACACCUUCUCCAAUCCCUUCCACCAACACCUUUACAACUCCUGUCCUUACCACUACCACAACUCUCACUACUUCAGCUACGUCUCCUGAUCAGGGAGUCAGUCUUGCUGUGGAGAUUAAUCUGACAGACUACACUGGGAUGAAAGUCUAUGCAUCUGCAACCAAGAUCUCAUUGAACAUCGCAGAGAUUUUGAACCCUGAACUCGAGGUGAACCUGCCCCCUGACCUUCUCUCAGGGCUAAAGCAUAGACACGCCCCUGACAUGGUUAAGUUCAUCUUCUCUGUGUCUAAAACCCCACCAACAAAUUGGACUGUAGACGGACAACUUGGUAAGAUUCUCUUUGGUAUUGAAGUUGAGAACAUAAYCAUCUCUCACCUGUCAACACCAUUCAACAUCAACUUCAAACACAAAUCUGACCUCCAGGAAAAAGAGAAUACAACGUGUGUCUACCACAACCAGAGUCGAGAUGAAUGGGUCACUGAUGGCUGCCACACCCUGAGGCUCACUAACCAGACCAUCUGUAGCUGUGACCACUUCUCCUUUUUUGCCCUCAUGAUCCCUGAUGUGAAACUGAGUGAGGUCCAUGCCAGGACGCUGAKCGUGCUCACCUGUGUGGGCGGAGCCAUCUCUGUGUUCUUCUGCACCAUCACCUUACUGACACACUGUCUUCAGCAUUCACGGAAAUCUACUGACCAUGCCAUGCUGGUUCAUCUCCAGUUGGUGGCAUCUCUGUUGUUACUCAACCUGCUGCUCUUGACCAGUGUGGGUUUGGCCUUUGUGGGCCCUGCAUCUAUGGCCCCUGGCCUGUGUCCUGCCGUGGCCGCCCUGCUGCACUACUCACUGCUCUGCUSCUUCACCUGGAUGGGCCUGGAGGCUCUGCAUCUGUACAGGCUGCUGGUCCUGGUCUACAACACCUACAUGAGACACUACCUGCUGAAGCUGAGCCUGCUGGGCUGGGGUGUUCCUGCUUUGGUUKUAUCCAUAGUCGCUGCUGUCAGUACAGAUUUCUAUGGGCUGAAUAACRGAAUGUGCUGGAUCAAAGACUCUGGUGUGCAGUACGGCUCUGUUGUGGCUUACCUGAUAGUGGUCCUGCUCUUCAAUAGCACCAUCUUCAUCAUCGUCAUCACAACAAUGCUCAAGCUGCGCUCUAUCACAUCGCCGCAGGGGAAGAGGCGGAGCCGCAACAUCACCUGCAGCGUUCUGGGGCUGACCUGCAUCCUGGGCCUCACCUGGGGGGUGGGCUUCUUCUCCAUGGGCUACACCAACUAUGCAAUCCUCUACAUCUUUACCAUCCUCAACUCACUGCAGGGGUUCUUCCUGUUCGUAUGGCUCUGUGUUAAGCGACUGCGGGGGGCAGAGCAGAGUUCCAUGACAACUGGACAGACCUCAAGCACCCACAUUCUCUCUGUUGGAAGCGAGGUCUGGCYCGCUUCUGGAAGAACGAGGCAGUCAGUGCCUCAAGAGGGAGCAAUUGCUGACAAUACAUCUAAGUUCUGACCAAAAGCUCACUUUAGUUUGUGAUGCUUUAGCUCACUGAGAUGAAAGGAAAUCUACAAAUGGAAAUGAAGUACCAUGAAGGAAUUGUUUUGCUUCGGUCCCAUACAGUACAUCACAUAGUUAAAUAAAUAAAUGUUAAAGCAGAUAAUCCUUAAGAAAGAACGUGUUGUACUCCUAUCGUUUAAUUUCUUCCGGUUAAAAUGAGAUUUGCUGUUUUAUAUGCCAUGAUGUAUGCACCUUUCACCUAAAGCAUUCUAUUAUUAUUAUGGGAUGGAAAGGGGGGUUGGAACUGUUCUCAGAGAUGAAAUGAAAGUAUGAAUUGUAAUGAUUGUACACUAAUUCUGUAAUAAAUAUACAUAUACAGUACCAG